CAACAGUACUUUCCUAUCUACAUUGACCAAUAUGUAUGGUUGUCAACGUGAAAAAGAAAUUGUUUUAGCUGAUUUUAACGACAUUGAAGUGCAUAGAAAUUAAUAAGAUUAACCAAUUGAUCACUCAUUGGAAGUGAAUCAGAAUUCUUCUAUUAUUCAAUAAUAUAUUUUUUAAAUAUAUUUUCAAAUAUACGCUUUUAAAUUAUCGUGUAAUUUUUACAUCGGUGUAUAUAGUGCGAAAGCAAUUGGUAAUCACGUUGAAUCAUCGGAAACAAUUGUCAAUUUGAAUUGAUUAGACAAGAUUUAUCAUUAUGUGCGCGAAAAUGGCUUUUCAGCAUCAAGCUGGCACUGCUAUGGAAUGCUUAAGUAUACCAAUUAUAUUGGUAAAAGAAACAGAUGUAAAUGAAAAUGGAGAAGAGGUGAUGAAAUGUGGCUUCAAAAUUGGAGGUGGCAUUGAUCAAGAUUUUAGAAAAAGUCCUCAGGGUUAUACUGAUAAUGGUAUAUAUGUAACUGAAGUUCACGAAGGAUCUCCAGCAGCAAAAAGUGGUCUUCGUAUGCAUGAUAAAAUUUUACAAUGUAAUGGAUAUGAUUUUACUAUGGUAACUCAUAAAAAAGCAGUAUCAUAUAUCAGGAAACAUCCAGUAUUAAAUCUAUUAGUGGCUCGUAAGGGAGUAACAAGUACUUAAAUACCAAGUAAGAGAUUUAUUUGGUCUAAGAAGAAUAUUUAUUUCACA